UCACAUGGAGAUGGGCGUCAAGAAGUUACCUCUCGAACCGGGCGCUCCGGAGCUCGAUGUAGAAACUCUAUAGCUUCCUGUGCAGACGACCAGCCUCACAUCGGAAACUACAGACUGUUGAAAACAAUCGGCAAAGGGAAUUUUGCAAAAGUGAAGUUGGCAAGACAUAUCCUUACAGGCCGAGAGGUUGCAAUAAAAAUAAUUGACAAAACGCAGUUGAAUCCAACAAGUCUGCAAAAGCUCUUCAGAGAAGUAAGAAUAAUGAAGAUUUUAAACCAUCCAAACAUAGUGAAGUUAUUUGAAGUCAUUGAGACGGAAAAAACUCUGUACCUAAUCAUGGAGUAUGCCAGUGGAGGUGAAGUCUUUGACUACUUGGUUGCCCACGGGAGGAUGAAGGAAAAGGAAGCACGUGCGAAGUUCAGACAGAUCGUGUCUGCGGUGCAGUACUGCCACCAGAAGCACAUCGUCCACAGAGACCUCAAGGCUGAAAAUCUAUUGUUAGAUGCUGAUAUGAACAUUAAAAUAGCAGACUUUGGUUUUAGCAAUGAAUUUACUGUUGGCAGUAAACUGGACACGUUUUGUGGCAGUCCUCCAUACGCAGCCCCGGAGCUCUUCCAGGGCAAGAAAUACGACGGACCCGAGGUGGACGUGUGGAGCCUGGGCGUCAUUCUCUACACGCUAGUCAGCGGGUCACUUCCUUUCGACGGGCAGAACCUAAAGGAACUGAGAGAGAGAGUAUUAAGAGGGAAAUACAGAAUCCCUUUCUACAUGUCCACAGACUGUGAGAACCUUCUCAAACGCUUCCUGGUGCUAAACCCAGUUAAACGAGGCACUCUGGAGCAAAUCAUGAGGGACAGGUGGAUCAAUGCAGGGCACGAGGAGGAGGAGCUAAAGCCGUUCGUCGAACCAGAGCUCAACAUCUCAGACCAGAAGAGAAUCGAUAUUAUGGUGGGAAUGGGAUAUUCACAAGAAGAAAUUCAAGAAUCUCUUAGUAAAAUGAAAUACGACGAGAUCACCGCUACUUACUUGUUGUUGGGGAGAAAAUCGUCAGAGCUGGAUGCUAGUGACUCCAGUUCUAGCAGCAAUCUCUCACUUGCUAAGGUCAGGCCGAGCAGUGACCUCAACAACAGCACUGGCCAAUCGCCUCACCACAAGGUGCAGAGAAGUGUCUCCUCGAGCCAGAAGCAGAGGCGGUACAGUGACCAUGCUGGCCCGGCCAUUCCUUCCGUUGUGGCGUAUCCCAAAAGGAGUCAGACCAGCACCGCAGACAGUGACCUCAAAGAAGAUGGGAUUCCUGUCCGGAAGUCGAGCGGCAGUGCUGCGGGAGGAAAAGUUGUUGCUCCCGCCAGCCCCAUGCUCGGGAAUGCCAGCAAUCCCAACAAGGCAGACAUCCCUGAACGCAAGAAGAGUGCCACGGUCCCGAGCAGUAACACAGCAUCUGGUGGGAUGACUCGGCGGAAUACUUACGUCUGUAGUGAACGGACAACAGCGGACAGACACUCAGUGAUUCAGAACGGCAAAGAAAACAGCGGCCUUCCUGACCAGAGUGCUCCAGUUGCUUCGGCACACAGUGUCAGCGCUGCGGCCACCCCUGACCGCGUCCACUUCCCCAGAGGGACCGCCAGUCGCAGCACCUUCCACGGCCAGCCCCGGGAGCGAAGGACAGCCACAUACAAUGGUCCGCCUGCCUCACCCAGCCUAUCCCACGAAGCCACACCCUUGUCCCAGACUCGAAGCCGGGGCUCCACGAAUCUCUUUAGUAAAUUGACUUCAAAACUAACCAGGAGUCGCAAUGUGUCUGCUGAGCAGAAGGAUGACAACAGAGACGCCAAGCCUCGCUCCCUGCGCUUCACCUGGAGUAUGAAGACCACCAGUUCCAUGGACCCCAGUGACAUGAUGCGCGAGAUCCGCAAGGUCCUGGAUGCCAACACCUGUGACUACGAGCAGAGGGAGCGCUUCCUGCUCCUGUGUGCCCACGGUGACGGGCACGCCGAGAGCCUGGUGCAGUGGGAGAUGGAGGUGUGCAAGCUGCCCCGACUCUCUCUCAACGGCGUGCGCUUCAAGCGGAUCUCAGGGACGUCCAUAGCCUUCAAAAACAUCGCCUCCAAAAUCGCCAACGAGCUGAAGCUGUGACCCAGUGGCAGCGUCCCAGCAAGGACAGCGUAAGCACAGUAGCCGUUGAGGUGUCCCCCUGUCACUGAGCGGGAAUUAGAACAAUCUUCAGGCAGUAAUGCUGCAUCUUCUGAAUCAUGAUAUUAAAGUCUGAGAAUGAGCGC